AUGGGGGCUCUUCUAUCCCUGCCUCUUUUGGCGCUUCCAAGUGCCGGCACCGUACUCACGGCGGUCGGUUCCUGCUGCGGAGCUGCGACAUGUUCAGCUGUUUGUAGCGCGUGUGGAAAGUUCAACAACAGCAUGGCCACGAGAAUCGCCUACGCCUUUAUCCUCUUAAUCAACUCGAUCGUUUCCUGGAUUAUGCUUACGCCAUGGGCGCUCAAAAAGCUACAAAACCUUACUUUGGAUUAUAUGGAAAUUAAGUGUGACGGGAAAGAGUGUUAUGGUUGGGUCGCGGUGCAUCGCAUCAACUUCGGUCUUGGGCUGUUCCACUUAGUCCUAGCGGUGUUCUUGCUGGGUGUGAGGUCGUCGAAAGAUGGUCGUGCAGUUCUGCAGAAUGGCUUCUGGGGCCCCAAGAUUGUGCUGUGGCUUUUGUUCGUUGUGAUGUCGUUCUUCAUCCCGGAGUCGUUUUUCUUCGUCUAUGGCCACUACAUUGCCUACCUAUGCGCCAUGCUCUUCCUUCUCCUCGGCCUCAUCCUGCUUGUCGACCUGGCGCACUCUUGGGCGGAGCUCUGCUUGCAGAAGAUUGAAGAGAAAGACUCGCGCAUGUGGCGUGGGCUGCUUAUCGGGUCUACACUGGGAAUGUUCAUCGCUUCUAUCGUGAUGACGAUCUUGAUGUAUGUCUUCUUUGCGAAGAGCGGAUGCGCUAUGAACCAGGCUGCGAUUUCGAUCAACUUGAUUGUUUUCCUUAUCAUUUCGUUCAUCUCAGUCCAGCCUGCAGUCCAGGAACACAAUCCUCGUGCUGGACUGGCGCAGGCCGCCAUGGUGGCGGCGUAUUGCACAUACCUAACCUUGUCCGCUGUCUCGAUGGAACCUGAUGACCGCCAAUGCAACCCGCUGAUCCGUGCUCGUGGCGCUCGGACUGCCACCAUUGUUGUUGGUGCGAUUGUCACUAUGGCCACCAUUGCAUACACCACGACCCGAGCUGCGACACAAGGCUUUGCUCUGGGAUCCAAGGGCGGCCACAACUACUCUGAGCUGGGAACCGAUGACAACGAGCAUGGUCUUGUCACCCAGCAGCCAUCGACUCGCCGCGAGAUGCGCGCCGAGGCCCUCCGCGCAGCUGUCGCCAGUGGCAGUCUCCCAGCCAGCGCUCUGGACGAUAGUGAUGACGAGGAUGACGAUUAUGAUGUAAAGGAUGAUGAGAAGGGUACGACGCAGUACAACUACUCUCUCUUCCACAUCAUCUUCUUCCUGGCCACCACCUGGGUAGCCACCCUUUUGACACAGAACCUGGACCCCGAGUCCGUUGACGACUUUGCGCCAGUGGGCCGGACCUACUGGGCCAGCUGGGUGAAGAUCAUCAGCGCCUGGGUGUGCUAUGCUAUUUAUCUGUGGACUCUGGUUGCCCCGAUCCUUCUUCCAGACCGAUUUGAUGUGCAUUGA